GUGGAGCACCAGAGGAGCGCAGCGCGCCACGCCGAGAGCGCACGGGAACUUGUAGAGAGCAGUCCUGCUCUUAUUAUCGUCAUCCCCUCUACUUUUUAUUGCCUCGUUAAAAUAAGGAGCAUUCCGGUUGAUGUUCAUAUGACUGAUUUCUACUCGAGGCUAUAGGAGAAACUGCGAAAUGGAGACGUUUACAAUCCACGACAUGCUGAUAAACUCAACGGACCUCAACAGGAUUUUGUGCAGUUUUGGGAUCAAGAAUAUUUCCGAGUGCGAGAGCGAGCAAGACGUCUUACCAGAACCCAAAGACAUCAACCAGACAGUGCGGAUCGCCCUCUACAGCCUCAUCUUCCUCCUCAGCGUGCUGGGGAACAGCCUCAUCAUCGCCGUCCUGGUCAGGAACCGGCGUAUGAGGACUGUCACCAACCUGUUCCUGCUGUCUCUGGCGGUCAGCGACCUGAUGGUGUCCCUAGUCUGCAUCCCCUUCACCCUUAUCCCCAACCUCAUGAGGGACUUCAUCUUCGGCAACGGCAUAUGCAAGCUGGUGAUGUAUUUCAUGGGUGUCUCUGUGAGCGUCUCCACCUUUAACCUGGUAGCCAUCUCCCUGGAGCGCUACAGUGCCAUUUGCAACCCCCUCACCUCCAGGGCGUGGCAGACAAAAUCCCACGCUGCCAAGGUCAUCACUGCCACCUGGUUGGGGUCUUUUAUACUGAUGCUGCCCUACCCCAUUUUUAGCACCCUCAAGCCCUUCACCCGGCUCAACAACAGCACCGGGCACAUGUGCCGCCUGGUGUGGCCCAACGACAUCAUCCAGCAGUCCUGGUAUGUGUCCCUAUUGUUGCUGCUCUUCCUUAUCCCUGGGAUCGUCAUGAUGACAGCCUAUGGACUCAUCUCAAUAGAGCUCUACCGGGGCAUCAAGUUUGAGAUGUCCAACAGGAAAGUUGGCAGAGACAGACAGUCCAGCACUAGCAGCAUUAAGCCAGGUGACAGUGAUGGCUGUUACCUGCAGCCGUCCAAAAAGAAGAGUUUGACGAUGAACACCGGUAGCUCCAUGGUGGGCCGCGUGUGUGGCAGCGGCAGCUCCACGUCCAACCUGAUGGCUAAGAAACGUGUUAUCCGAAUGCUGCUGGUCAUUGUGUGUCUCUUCUUCCUGUGCUGGACCCCCGUCUUUGUGGUCAAUGCAUGGCAAGCUUUCGACCGGCGUUCGGCCUACCGUCUCACUGGCGCGCCGAUCUCCUUCAUCCACCUGCUCUCCUACACCUCAGCCUGCGUCAAUCCCAUCAUUUACUGUUUCAUGAACAAGCGCUUCCGCCAGGGUAUGCUGGCCACCUUCUCCUGCUGCAGGUGUUUCAGGAGGGGUGGCGGAGGCAGUAGCGGCUUGACGAGGUCAGCUGGAAGCAGACUAACCCAAGGGGAAGCCGGCAGACCGCGAGAGGGGCCCAAGAGCCCUGAGCAGAAUGGUCAUACGUCACCAAGUGGAACCAGCACACGCUUCACCUACACGGGCAUCCGUGCAUCAGCCUGGAGUGAGCUGACUUAAGUCGGAUUGAUCCGUCUGUGCACCUAGUGUACUGGCCCAAGUGCAAGCAUAUGAUGGAGAGCUGUGGUUUGUUGUUUUUGUGAAAAGCUGUCACAGUGCUUACGAGACUGAGCACUAUUUUAAUGUGACAAGUAGGCAGAGACUGUGGAGCAGAUGGGGUGUGCCGUCCGUAAAGUCACAGCUAAUCAGCUGUGACUUUAUCAUAAAUGUUUCUAUAUAGCUUGCAGAGUGGCCGACUGAUGCCUGUUCAUACUUGCUUUUAGGGCCCACAAGCUUGUCGAAGAAGUGCAAAGUUCUGAUGAAGCAGAGAAUCAGUUCUCAUUUUACUUGCUUUUGUUUUAUACACGCUUAAAACUGCUUCUGAACUGUACAGUAACCUAACAGUAUUUACACAUGCUUCAUUUGAUCCACGUGCACUAGGUGGGCAGCUUUUCAAAUAACACGCAGUGCCAAAGAGAGGUCAAUUUUUAUAAUUUUAAAUGGGUUAAUUGAUGCACUGAUAGUUCAAUAAAGUUUUACCUUUUUUUAAAUAGCUUAUCUAAAGAUUUAAUGAUGUUAGUCUGAAUAAAUUACAAUGGUGAAAAAUGACCUUUUAAGCCAACAUGACCUUUAAGCAUAAAUAAAUAAAUAAAACCCCAUCUAUCUUUUAUAAAAUGACAAAUGAGAAACUAAACAAAUGUGCUUUAGCUUUUAUUUAUAAAUGACAACCACUGAUUUCCAGUUAUUUUGUAAUGUAUCCAAAUGUGCUUUCUAAAGCUUUUAAUAUGUGUUAUUCUUUGUAUUAUUAAUAUCGUUAAAAUUGUUGUGCAACAGCAAGUUUUUAAACAUAAGUAAACGCCGACUUAAAGAAAACAUUUAACCUGGAUGUCAUCUGGAGCUGGAAAGUGGCUAGCUUAGCAAUUAGCAAUGUUAUUAAUGGCAAGAAAAGUGAAAUAAAGCUAUUAAUGGCGGGAAAAUCUAGAAAACACUAUUGGUGGGAAAUGUAAAACAGAGCUAUUAAUGGCAGGAAAAACUGAAAUAACGCUCUUAAUGGUGGGAAGAACAUUAAAAAUGCUAUUUAGGGCGGGAAAGUGGAAUAAAGCUUUUAAUGGAAGGAAAAGGCGGGAAAAUGCUAUUAAUGGCGGGAAAUGUAAAAUAAAGCUAUUAAUGGCAGGUAAAAGAUACUCUAUCAAUACGAAGAAUCCUACUAUU